GCCCGAUUCGCUUUAUGGUUCGCUUUUUGCCACGCCGUAGUCGAACUCCGUCGUCGCUUGUUUGCUUUGGUGGGGAGACGUACCCUAGACUUUAACAGCACGCUAACCCGCGACGUCUCGAGUGUUUCGUGCGAUAAAGCAGAAGGUCCAAGUUUGUCGUCGUCGUUGGUCUCGACGCGGUUGCUAAGAAUAGGCGCUGUCUCGUCUCGAAGAGAAAAUGGCGAAGGCGACGCCGGCGGACGUCCCGGCGGUUGCAGCGGGCACGCGGCGUCGUGCGUCCCGUACGUCGGUACGCCAGUUCGAGGUGCUGCUCGAUUAUAUCGAGAAGAACCCGUGCAUGGUGAGCUCCCGCAUUCCGACGUCGUCGACCGAGAGGGAGCGCCACUGGCAAGUCCUCACUGAGCGCCUCAACUCGGACCUUAUGAGUGUUCCCAAGGAGAAGGACAAGUGGAAGAAAACCUGGUUCGACUGGAAGUGCAACGUGCGCACCAAGGCACGAGGCUCGGCCGGCAAGAAGUCGCUGUCGCCGCUCGAGGAGAGACUGGUCGCCGUCACGGGGCUCUUAGACGGCUCCGACGAUUCUGGUCAGGCACACAGGGAGCUUGUACCUUACGCAGAGGCGGUCUACGAAGCCGAAGACUCAUCAGCCGCACCACCGGUGAGGAUGCUGCCGACCGGACAUUCGCCAGACAAUGCUUCGAUGCACGUAGAAGCUACCUACGGCGAAAACCACGGCGAGUUCAUCAUUCCCAUGUCGGACGUGGCGGAACAACAGCUCAUCGCGCGGCCGAGCACGGCGCCGCGUGACGCCGCUCACUCCAUGGUUCUCAGCGACGUCCGUUCCCUGGUGACGGCCCCUCCCGAAAUCCAGAUCAAGGAAGAGGUCCCCGACAGGGACGGCACCGUCGAGAAUCCCCACAACGGGAACGAAGGCGACGUCAUCGAGGACGUGGCCGCUCCCGCUCUGCCAGCGGCGUCUCCGCUACCCUCACCUCCUGUGCUGCACGUCGUUCCGCAGACCGUGGCGACGCCGCCUCCGACGGCAACGAACGGUCCGUUCUUCGCCAAGAACCGCAACAGGAGACCCGCGCCGUACGCGAGCUCGACUCAGGAUCGAAAGUCGAGGCUCGAGAUCGAAGUCCUUCUGGCCACGAAACGGAAGCUGGAGGCCGAGGAACGCCGCGCCAACGCGGAGGCCGAGUUCUACCUGGAGGAAAAGAGGAGGUCUAUGGCCCUGGUGUCCCUGCACCAGGAAGAGAGGCGCAAGCUGUCCGCCAUCACUGAGCUCCACGUGGAAGAGCGUCGGAAGGCGUCUUCCAAAGCGGACUUGCUUCAGGAGCACCGCAACUACUAUCUGGAGCAACAGAGGACGGAGGUGGUGCGGCGGAGGCUCCUGCUGCUCGAGAUUCAGAAGAUCAAGAAGGAACUCAAGGGGCAGCGGUGAUAUGCGAUGAUUGUGCGGACGUGUGUUUGUCGGCCUUGGACCAGCAUUAUGCGUAAGUGCGUGCCGGGUUUCCGAACGAGAUGCCUGAGCUCUGUGAGCUAACCCUGUGCCUGGGUGUGUGCGUAUGUGCGUGUGACGAACAAUGUAGAGUACUCAUUGUCAAUCAUUCAUGCCGGAAAGCGCUUAUUAAACGUGGCUUCCUUCCGA